AUGACUCUUCCUGCUGCUCCCACUGCUGUCGCGACCGGCUCAUCGUCAUCAUCUGGCCGGAGUUCUGGAGCUCCCAAGUUGGAGAAUGCGCCGGGAACGAAGACUAUGUAUCUCGAUCCUCGUAUUUCUCCGGAGCUAUCCCUGCUGGUGGAAGUGGAAGAUUUGAAGUCCCACGGUGUGGAGUUGUGGAGGAAACUCGAUGCCAGCUCGGCGGGAGAUGCCGCCGCUGCUCAGGAUGCAAAACAGAGUUCGGAGACGCUGAGCAUGGUAGAUCUCGUUGCAGAGAAGAUAUUGGCGGACGAUGCCAGAAGGAAAGGGAAUAAGGAGAGCGCCUUUGAAAAGACAUACACUCUAAUAUGUGUCCCUUACGUGUCACAUCUGGUCCUUGGCCGUCUACAGCAGAGGACGGUCAUGUCUAGCCUGGUGGAAGUACUACCAUUGCAUCUGAUGGGCCUCUGUGUGGAGGGCGAUGUCAUCACGAUAGACCAGCCGGGCGCAUUCCGUGACUUCCACAUCCGUUCGAAUCCUACAUCACUCUCUCUCCUGGCUGAAGCUUUGCAUGAUUUACAGCGCAAUUUCGGUGCUGGACUGGGCGUCUCUCGACAAGCAGGGCGCAGAGUAUUGAAGAUGAACGCGAUAGGAACAGCUGCCAAGUACGUAGUGGACUACGUGUUACGACUGGCCAAGGAAGACGACGAGGCGGGAGCCCCUGUGGAUGGGGACACCAAGGCGGUGAAGGCCUUCUCUGGUCGUGAUAGUUCUAAGCCUCGGCCGAGAGCUCCUCCGAUCGGCCAUUUGGUGACUCCGGAAGAAUCUUCCGAGCCCAGCAUGGAGGGCGGUCGUCGGAAACCACUGUUACCGGAGUCAGUGACGAGUAAAGGACUGAAGAUAGAGGAGUUCAUAGUCAUCGACCGACGCACUGACCUCUUCUCGGUGCUGUGUACACAGUUCACCUACGAGAGCUUGCUUGACAGAUGCCUUGGCAUCAAAUACGGGUACAUAGAUGUUGGCGAGCCUAUUCUGCCAGAGAGGAAGACGGUGGUAUUGAACUCUAACGACAAGCUGUUUGAUGGUAUCAGGGAUCUACGUAUGGAGGUGCUUGGGCCCUUAUUGCACAAGAAGGCCAGCCAGAUACAGGAAACGUAUAGUGAAAAGGACCGGCUCUCGGACAUUCCCCAGAUGAAGAUGUAUAUGGAUAAGUUCAAGUCGGCCCAAGCAGAGCAUGCCUCCUUGGCGGACCAUGUGAACCUUGCUAGCUUCACCAGUGCCCUCACACAGAUGCCGUGGUUUCAGCAACAAUGGCAGGUAGGCCUUCAACGCCGCGCAAGAUGGGAGACUCCGGGAUCUCAACCGUUGGAUCGAGUGCUGCGACUUGUAUGCCUCUGCAGUGUGGUUAAUGGUGGGAUCAAGACGAAGAUUCUGAAGGCUCUCACCAAAAACCUGAUUGAAUGGUAUGGCCCUAAACUGAUCGUACCACUGUUACACCACAUGACUGCGUGUGGACUUUUGAAAGCAUCUAGUGACAGUGGGGCUGACUUGGUAUCCAGCGGCUCUGGCAAAUGGCAGAGGAUGAAGCAAGCAUUCAAUUUAGUGGUUGCAGGUUCUAACAUUGCUGCUGAUACUGGCAUUGCGUACUCCUAUUCGGGUUACGCUCCGCUGUCGGUACGGCUGGUAGAAUUAACGGAGGCCGAGCCCAACGGAUGGCGAGGAGCUGCGGAGAGUCUCAACUUGCUCUGGGGGCCUGCCAUUGAGGUGCCACCUGAGGUUUUGCCAGGUAGUGUUGAUCAGGAAGGGACCAUUGGCCAGGGCGAUAAAGUGGUGGUCGUGUGCUUUGUGGGAGGAGUAACGUACGGCGAGAUAGCAGCCUUGAGGCGGCUAUCGGCGGUGGAGAGGAAAGGUCGACGCUUCCUCGUAGUCACAACGGAAAUGAUCAGCCACGAAAAACUAUUCAGUGAAAUCAUUGAUGAACAACUAUAG